CCCUGCAGCUCGUUCUGUCCUUCAGUAUCUGGGACCGGAGCUUUUAGUUGCUGACAGUCUUUGGACCGGAUUUGUUGGUGGGUCCCGUCCGGUCCUCGGCCUCCAGGGAGCGCAGCCCCGCUCCGCACAGCGCCGCCCUCCCUCCCUCUCCGCCCGGCUUCUUCUCCUCCACACGGCGCACAGCAGCAGCAGCGCUUCUCCCGCUGCUCGCACACCGCGCUCCGCCGGCUGGUCCCAGGCUCGGUUCUGUUCUCCUGACUGGAUUUUGUUCGUGUUUUUUGGAGUUAGUUUUAUCGGUGCACGGAUGGAGACUUCCACGCAGGAUUCGGUGAGCGAUCCGGGCAGGAGCGGCUCUGAGCCCGCUGCGCCGGUCACGGAGACGCCGGCGAGUCUGGAGAGUCAGCGGGGCGGAGAGCGGCUGACUCCGGCGAGGAGGCUCAGCAGCUCCGGGUCCAGCUCCUCCGGAUCCGGCUGCAGCAAAGGUUCGUCAGCGGCUGUGAAGAAGACGCACACAUCUCAGAUUGAAAUCAUUCCCUGUAAGAUCUGUGGAGAUAAAUCCUCUGGGAUCCACUACGGGGUGAUCACCUGUGAAGGCUGCAAGGGUUUCUUCAGACGCAGUCAGCAGAGUAACGCCGCCUACUCGUGUCCUCGCCAGAAAAACUGUCUGAUCGACCGAACGAGCCGCAACCGCUGCCAACACUGCCGCCUGCAGAAAUGUCUGACUGUGGGAAUGUCCCGAGACGCUGUAAAGUUCGGUCGCAUGUCCAAGAAGCAGCGGGACAGUUUGUAUGCGGAGGUGCAGAAACACCGCCUGCAGCAGCAGCAGCAGCAGCAGCAGCAGGGCUCCAUCCUCGCCUCCCACCCCGGCCUCAGCAUCCCGAGCCCGGCCGAGUCUGAGCCGGUGUCCCCGCACUACUGCCUCUCCUCCACGGGCCUGACGGAGCUGCCCGAUGAGCUGGGAGGCUACGUGGAGCAGAACUCACCUGAGGGAGGAUCGGAUUCAUCCAAGGGCGACUCUGGGGGAGGAGGAGGAGGAGGAGGAGGAGAGGGAGGAGGUGGUGGGUUCUACCUGGACUUCCAGCCAUCUCCGGACCAGUCGGGCCUGGAUAUUAACGGUAUCAAACCCGAGCCGCUGUUUGACUACGGAUCCAGUAACGACUUUUUCCCAUAUUGCUCCUUCAGCAACGGAGACACAUCACCCACCGUGUCCAUGGAUGAACUCGAUCACCAGGUUCAGCUCAUCUCCAAGUCUCACCUGGAGACGUGUCAGUACCUGAGGGAGGAGCUGCAGCAGAUGAGCUGGCAGAACUUCCUGCAGGACGAGGUGGAGAGCUACCAGAGCAAACCUCGUGAGGUGAUGUGGCAGCUCUGUGCCGUGAAGAUCACCGAGGCCAUCCAGUACGUGGUGGAGUUUGCCAAACGCAUCGACGGCUUCAUGGAUCUCUGUCAGAACGAUCAGAUCGUGCUGCUGAAAGCUGGCUCCCUGGAGGUCGUCUUCGUCCGGAUGUGUCGGAUGUUUGACUCUCAGAACAACACCGUCUUCUUCGACGGGAAGUUUGCAGGUCCGGACGUCUUCAGAGCGUUAGGUUGUGAUGAUUUGAUCACAUCAGUGUUCGACUUUGCUAAAAGCAUGUGUUCUCUGCAUCUGUCCGAGGACGAGCUGGCACUCUUCUCAGCGUUCGUUCUGCUUUCUGCAGACCGGUCGUGGCUUCAGGAGAAGCUGCAGGUGGAGAAGCUGCAGCAGAAGACUCAGCUGGCUCUGCAACACGUCCUGCAGAAGAACCAGAGAGAGGACGGACUGCUACACAAGCUCAGAUGUAAGGUGUCCACGUUGCGUUCACUGUGCAGUCGACACACAGAGAAGCUGUUGGCGUUCAGAGCCGUUUACCCCGACAUCGUUGGGACUCACUUCCCUCCUCUUUAUAAGGAGCUGUUUGGUGCCGACCUGGAACUGACGCUGCAGGCCGACGACGACUAAAGGUCGACCGCGCUGUCAGAUCCGGAUGUACCGAGCCCAGUUUCUGUGGCCGCGGAGGACCGGAUGAUGACCCAUGCUGUCGCUGCACUUUUCCUGGACAGUCCACACAAACGGGAGAUUUGAACGCCUCCCUCAGCUCCUCUCUGGUUCUGGAUGCACUGAGGAGUCCGGUGGUCUCCCUCCUCACACACUGACACACGUCUAAGAUUCAGGAUCAAGGAUCUGGAUCAGAUUCACCUCUGACUUUAAAAGAAGCCUUCAGCAUUCACACUGACAGUUUGAUUUGUGAGUGUGGCGCAGCACAAUUAUUUUUUAUGUCCUUGAGAAACCGGUUCACCUGGAGGCUUGGUGACGUAGUGAACGCCAGCACUCAGCAGGUGACCCAACAACAGUUCACACGACUGCUGUGGAGUUUUUACGGAGAGCAUAGCAGGGAUUUAUAAAGCUGGAUGUGACAACAAGCUGUAGCUGCUCAAGGUUAGCACUGAUCAAUACUGCAACACAUCUGCAGGUUGAGACUCAGGCCUGACAGUGAACGCCUCACCUGUAGGUUUCCAUAUAAAUGUUCCACCUUUUGA